CCGAAAUCGACGGCGAUCCAACAGAAGCUCGUCUCUUGGCUCGGAACCGCAAUUAGCCUUCUGCUGUUCUGCCAGUACUCGAUCCCUUUCUUGAUCAACCUCUCGGCGUCCGCCACCUUCUUCGCUCUCCUGAGCGACGCCCCAAUUUCGCUCGCCGUCCCUGUCACCAACGCCACGACUUUCGCUGCCACUGCCGGUAUGAUGCUAGGGGAAGAAACUCGAAUUGGGUUCGCUUUGAUCGGUACGGGUUUCAUUGCGAUUGGAGUUUGGCUUUGUAUCGCCUAA